AAGAACAUUGUUCCCCUUCUUGACCGUGUUUUGGUCCAGCGUAUCAAAGCCCAGGAGAAAACCGCUGCCGGUAUUUUCAUUCCUGAAAAAGCCCAGGAGACUUUGAACCAGGGCCAUGUGGUGGCUGUUGGCAAGGGUGCCCUUAACAAGGAGGGUGCACACAUUCCUUUGCAGGUUUCUGUUGGUGACAAGAUCAUCUUACCUCCUUAUGGUGGUAGCGUAGUCAAGAUUCAGGAUGAGGAAUUCCUUCUCUUCCGUGACUCUGAAAUCCUCGCCAAGAUCGAAUAA